CCGCGUUCAAUUGUUAACACGACCAGCAACAACAAACAUCUCUGGGACAACAUACUCUACAAUUUAUAAGAGGAAAAGCAACAAAAUCCAAGUCAUCUAAACCACGAACCAGCGCUCGAAUUACAAAGCAACUAGGGACACCAAGCACGAACCCCAGCAAGCGAAUUGAGCAUAUAGUCAUAUCAAAUUUAUCUGCUUCAAACAGAAGUAUUCUACCAACACAAUGAGUCACGACAACUUCCUUCGAAGCACAACUCCCUCUAGGGAUACAAGCAAUCCCACCAGCAAUGAGAGCAACCCCCUCCUCGGAUCUUCGAGCGGAUUAGUUAGUGAACUCGAGCAGGAAGUCCUCGAUGAGUAUUCACGGUUACUCGAGAAUGUGAACAGAUUAUCAGAUACCCUCGCCAAUCUCGCUGAUUCGCCUGCUUCAUUGACACUAGAUGGCCUACGACUUCUCGAACGCAAAACGGCGACUGUGUACACGCUUUUGAAAGCGAGUGUUUAUAGUAUUGUGUUGCAGCAGCAGAUUAUUAAUGAUGGUGAAGCUGCUGCUGCUGCUGGAGGAGGGGAUGAUGGGUAUGAAUAUCAACAUGACGAUUCGGCGAUGCAGGGGGAGGAGAAUACGAUUAUGCGAUGA